AUGGCGGGCUAUCCCUCGGAUGUGAAUUCGGCGCUUCUCGCUCGGUUAUCCAAUUCGGCGCAUGUUACCGACCACCGGCAUGCAAAGCGGAUCUUCGAUGAGAUUACACCUGGUUGUCGAUCUCCCGAUGACUAUUUGAAUAUGGCGAAGUCGUAUCUAGCUGCGGGAAAGGAGUUUGAUAUGAUUGGGUUGUGCCAGAGCGCCGUUUCUCAGGGCACCGGGGCUCCAUGCUGGGCUUUUGCGAUUGCACACUUUGUGAACACUUCGCAGUGGGAAGCCACAGAGGCGCUGUGGAACAUCCGACCGACGUCAGCAGACCAUGAUCUGCGACAUUUCGUGGCUUCCCACUUGGAUCCUUCAACGGCGUCGAAGGUCUUGCUUUCCUUGGCUACAUUCCUUCUUGAGCAAGGCUCUGACUCUCCAGCGCGUGACCUUGCUCGGUUUCUACUCGAACAUGCCUUUGCCACUUUGGAUAUUAUCGAGGACACAUCGACAGAAACUCUCCUGCUACUUCUGCGAGAGUACAACGCACUAUCCGUCCUCACUCCGGGACAUUAUUUCGCCCUCAUCAAAACACUUCAAUCAUCAGAGGAGAGAACGACUUUUGCUCGGUCAUUAGUGGUAUAUCGCAACUUUCGUUGGCAGAUGGAUGGAGAAGUGCCACCUGCCAAGCUCCUGGGACAGCUUAUUCGAAGGCUGACUUCAUUCCAAAUGACGACUGGAAUCCGGUAUAUCCUGGAUGAACUCACUCAUUUUUAUGGGAGACCGUCGGUGGAUGCGUACAAACAUGCUCUCAUUGCUUUCUCGAGGACCGGCGAUGUCGCUAAUGUCAACGAAAUAUUCGAGAAAUUUGUAGCGGACCAUGGAAAGCCGUCAAGUCGAAGACUCGUGACUCCACUCCUGUACGCCCAUGCGAGACUGGGCAAUGUGCAAGACACAUUACGUCAAUUUGAGAGAAUCUCGAGCGAGUUUGGGUUGAAGCCGAACACGGUCUGUUGGAACAUUCUGCUCACUGCAUACGCCAACGCCGACGAUUUGAAUGGCAUAUUUAAAACUUUCAGGCAGAUGCUUGAGAACGGGAUUGAACCCAACGCCCAUUCCUUCGGCAUCCUAAUGGGACAGUGUGCUAAUAGGGGCGACGUUGACACCGUUCGUCAGAUCCUCGCACUUGCUAAGAAACGCCACGUGCAAAUCGCAUCACCGAUGCUUGACACCAUUGUGGAGGCCUAUUGCAACAACCAACGGCUCGAUAUCGCGGAGAGCGUCGCAGAGACAUGCCUUGGUAUGGAAGUCAAGGGCUCUCGAGUGAGAAUGUGGAACAUUCUCCUCUGGAAUUAUGCAUUCAGGAUAGAUCUGGAAUCCAUUUCCAGGAUCCGCUCACGCAUGGAUGCGGCCGGCCUGCAGCCUGAUGAUAUGACGUACGCUGCGCUUAUGCUCAGCUUGGUGCUUAUAGGGCAAACUGACUCAGCCCGCCGCAUCCUUCGAACGCUUCACAGAAGCCAUAGGAUCUAUGCUACGGAAUUCCACUACGCCAUCAUCUUGUAUGGCUAUGUGAAGGAUCGGAACCGUGACAUGGUACACAUCAUCUUUCGUGAGAUCAAAGAGCGAUUCGAGAGACCUGGGUUCAGUUCAACUCUACUCACCCUCAAAAGUCAGUUGCAGCGCGAUUUGCAGGCUCUGAAGGAUGGUGGGAGAGCGACGAACAGCGCGAACGUUCGACUCGAGAAUGCCGAGAAAUUCCUCUCCGAGGCCAUUGCGGACUUUGAUAUGACGAAAUUGGCGACGAAGCAGCCUCUUCCCGGUGCAGGUAAACAACCAGUUGGCAAAGCUUUCCCUGCCAUGUAUUACGAAUAUAUGAUUACUGCUUAUGGAAGGAGAGGAGCUUUUGAAAGGGCUCGGCAGCUGUUCGAUCAGUACAUACAGGCACAGAACCCUUCGUCUCUGGAGAAUGCUUAUGAUAUAGCGCCUCUUCGUCUCCUCUCUGCCCUGAUGCUGGCAUAUUUGAAGGCAGAGCACUACAAGGAAGUUGAACAAUGUUGGAAAAUGGCCUUCCCACGUGCGAAAGAGAUCGCACGCCCUCCUUCCAUCGAUGAAUGGCUUUCAAAUCAGUUGCCUUCCGCAGAUACUAUCGAUCCGCCUCGACCUUCUCGGGCCAUUUCAGUGGACAACCCGGGUGAUUUCUUGCUGGGUUCAGAUAUCUCAAAGCCUGCUAGAGCCAAGAAGAAGCCACCGAUUCUACCAGCAUGCCGAUUUAUGUUAUCUCGCCCACUGUCCCUUUACAUGCGUUCUUUGGCCUAUCGGAAUGAACCUUCCAAGAUACACCAAGUCGUGGCAGAGGUGCAACGCGCAGGCUUUGUUUUGACGACGUAUAACUGGUCCACCUUUGUGCAGAUGUUAGCCUCUUCUGACAAGCCCUCGGACCAAGUUCAAGCGUUCAGCAUUUUCGAAGAAAAGUUCAUGCCUAAUUUCCCAGGGUGGAACAACCUUCGCCGGGGAUAUGGGCUGAAACCACCCGGUGUGCCCUCGACUAUUGAUGUGAUAGAGCAUCCUAGACGCGGCAAGCACCCCAACAUCUUGGGCAAAGAGGGCCGGCGCUACUGGAGCAAGAUCCAACCCGACUUUAUGCAACCUACCUAUGUCUCCAUGGUAUACUUAGCGUCUGCACUGCUUGGAUUCCGGGAGCGAAGCAUCAUUGACGGAGGCGCCGAAGUCAAGUCUCUCUAUCGAGUCGCUCCGAAAACGAUUGAGGCUGUCGCUGAUAUGCCUUAUCUACGCGAGAAAUUUCAAGGCGUACUUCUCCGCCGUCGGCAGGAGCAAGGUGACAAGAAGCAGGACGUGGAUCGAUUGGACCACUACGUGUGGACGGGAGGCAUCCUUGGCGUUGGAGGUCAACCCCGGGGCUUAACAGAGGAGCGUGUACCAGCCCAGGAUCAAGAACAUGCCGACCAUACCAUUGACAAGACUGGAACGGACACCGACAUUGGUCUACAAGGUGGUCACAUACCGGAGGCACCCCAGAAGACGCUCGAUCCUCAAGAUGAAUACGACAUUGAAGUGGAAUCUCUACUAGAGAGUCGACGUAACUCGACCGAAGCCGAUGAUGAAGUGCUCGAUAGUGAACACCGUGUGGAUUCGGAUAGGGACAGUGAGCCAGAUGUCUUGAUGGACAGUGAAGGGCCGGACUUGAGUGAAGAAGAUGAUCGUGCAUCUGCGAAGGAGCAAUCUCAGGAAGUACAGGGAUCCAACGAGGCCAAACCAGCCGGCGAAAGCCCGUCCUAUUUUGUGAUUCUGUUCGUCUCCGUUAUUAAAUCUCAGCUAGCACCUGGUGUUGUGGCAGAAAAGCUGAGUCAGCGCGAGAGUGCCGCGUAG